AUGCAGGAGGCCUUCAAGCUCUUCCACACCAUCAUCCAGGCCUCUGCCCACAUGGCACAAAGAUUCCUGGCAGCCUCCAACAACCUGGAGGACAUCGUCUCCAUCACCCUCAUUGGGAUGAGGGAACAACUCCACAUGCACAACAAGGCCUGGAUGACCAAGGUGCUCCCAACCAAGGCCCUUCUGGCCUUCAGGGCUCUGGAGGGGUCGUUGAUCCUGUCCCAUGACAAGGAACAAUUCUUCAUAGCGCUCAAGUUUGCCACGCUCAAACAGCAAGCCACUGGCACAAAGAAACCCAACAAGUGGUCCAAUCACUUGGGCAGCAGCAACAACAACUACAACUCCAACUCCUUGCCCUCCUCUAAGGGCAAGAAACCUUAUUUCAAGCCAUUGAACUUGUCCACCUCAAGCCCUGGCGCCGGCUCUGGCGCCACACAGGAUUAUGAUCUCUCUGAUCAGUGCGACUUCCUCAUCACCCUUGACUUCCAGGACAGCUUCCACCAUGUGGAAGUUCAUCCCCGUCACCAGCACCUACUCGCCUUCCACUGGAGGGGGACCCACUACACCUUCCAGGCGUGCCCCUUCAGCCUGAACACCUCCCCAUGGAUCUUCACAAGAGCCCUGGCUGUGAGGGGCAUCCAGUGCAUGGUGUACAUGGACAACAUGAUCAUCAUGGCCCCAGACAAGGCCCGCGCCAUUGAACACUGA